UAGAUACUCAAAUGCCCUCAUACACAGUAUCAUACUGUCUAUCUGCGCUGUGUUUGACCAGGUGCUCCGCACCGAAUAGUCUAGUCCUUACCCUACCGAACGUGGGGCGCACAGCACAGAUUGAAGGAUUCCAGCAUUGCUUCUACGGUACGACUGUUUUGCCCCCUGCGGAUGAUGUCGAAUUACAACUUAUUCAGUACGUACUCCUUAGAACCCUCCAAGAAUGAGGUUCAGUGGCCUCUACUCCAUCUCUUUUGUGGAGCCCCUUCCCGACCAUUGGAUCCCUUCUGGGUCACGAACGAUGGGUCUGCAUCGAUUCGAAAUUCUGAUCUGGCUUCACGCAAUGGCGCGGAGAAUGGAGCUGGGAAAGCUCGGGGCAUGGAAGGCGUGGUUCAAAAGCAGCGGCUGUGGACGGACAGCAUGGUGGUCGUCUCCUGUACCCACGUUUGGGCGUCAAAGGUAUGUACUGUACGUAAAUCCGGGAUUAUCAAGCUUGUGUUUGUCACUCAGGAGAACAUCCGAGUCAACACAUGUAUCCGAUACAAAGGAGGCAAUCGAAGCCUGCAAUGCUCGACGAAGAUAGUGCAAUUCACACGCAGCCACGCUCGGCUCGGGGAACGCAUCACCGGCAGCAGAUUGUGGAUGGGUGGACCCUCACCAUCAGCUAGUGCUGAGUAGUAUGCCGAAGAACGCAUUAGUGAUAUACACGGACCAAUGCCUCGCGUGUAUCUCCACUCAUUGCUGAUCGCUCAAUCCUGCACGAGCGACCGCGCGACGUGAAGAAUCAGGGUUGGCAUAGGACAACUUGGGAUUCUGCAGGUGCACUUGAAGUCUUGGGUUUCGCACCUGGCGGGCUGCCUUGAUAGGACAUUCAGCCGAAGGAUCAGCGUAUACUUGAUUGGCAGCUGUCAGUUUGCUAUGAUCGGUCAGUGUGGAGUGCAGACAGGGCUGGU